CUGUACUCCUACAACAAAGCAGCUUUGUGACAACAUUACAGAAUAGCGAAUCUAGUUUCCAUUUCCUGAUUUGACUCGUCGGUCUAACAGAUGACAACUGUGAGAGAGAUGGCCCUGUUUCUUUUGCUUAGCAGUCUCUUCAUAACAGAGGUUUGCUCAGCCCAGUGUCUGAGAUGUAACAGCACAGGAAAAUCUCUGGCAGAAAAUAAAUCAGCUGAUUUUGGUCAGUCAUGUUCAGAAAACACUACUCAGUGCUUCAGUGUCUCAGCACACCCUGAAAACUCAGAUAUUCCACAGAAUUGCAUGAAAGAAAUCAUUCAAGUGCCGCUGAACACCAGCUCCAAGUGCAUCUUGCAGGAGGGCGACUGUAUCACAAUGAGAUGUUGUCAUAAUCUGUCCUCCGUGGACCUGGUGUUUGAGUGGCAGAAGGAUGGGCACAUCCUGGAGGGCAAGAAUGCCAGUGAACUGACGUUGAAGGUGUUUACCCAGGACAACGGUCACUACCACUGCGUCGUCUAUAGCCCCUGCGGCAAUUUCACCUCAUCACUAAAGGAGUUGUCCAUAACAGACAGAAACUGGCUGAUCCUGAUCAUCUGCGGCAGCUCUACUUUUGUGCUGGUGCUGCUUCUGGGAUUGGUCAUGAAGUACAAGAUGAAACGGGAGACUUUUCAACAUAGGAACAGGAGGGAGCAGAGGGCACAGGAUCCACACAUGACUCGAAAGAUUACAGCCAGAGAUGACGCCUAACACAGCUACAGUUAGAGACGCCUAACUAUUCUUCUGUCACACUAAAGCUCAUCG